AUGGCCUUGCUGGUAAGGCCCCGUUACCAUGAUUUCUUCAUUAGAGGCAUGGUGCCAUUGCACCACUACUGGCCAAUUAGAGACAACACCAAAUGCACCUCUCUCAAGUUUGCCGUGGAAUGGGGCAACAAUCACACACAAAAGGCCGAGGCCAUAGAGGAGGCAGGAAGCAAGCUCCUGCAAAAGGGUCUAAAGAUGGAGUACAUAUACGAAUACAUGUUUCAUUUGUUGAAUGAAUAUGGGAAGCUCUUUACAUUCAAGCCAUCUGUACCUCCAGGGGCUGUUGAGCUGUGUUCAGAAACAAUGGCUUGCCUGGCUAAUGGUACGUGGAAGAAAUUCAUGGAGGAUUCCAUGGUGAAGUCUCCUGCUGAUUCAGCCCCAUGCGCCAUGCCUCCUCCUUUUGACCCUUCCUCACUAAGAGCAUUUCUAGAGACAAAGGAUAAAUCUAUAAAGCAAGUGGAAAUGUGGGAAAACGAAUACUGGCAAAAUCGAAACAAGAAGCAAUACAUGAGAGUUUUUUUAAAUGUGUUUCAAACUAAUGCUUAA